CAGUUUUAGUGCAAACGGAGCAGAGCGCGCGUUUCGUAUACAGCCAGCCAGCGCGCGCGUUCGGGGACUCCUUAUAUAUAAGGAGAUCUUACGAAACCGUUAGCACAUUCGGACUAUAGUCUGUCCAGGAAAUCAUCUGUUGUUGUCUCCCUAGUCGGCCAACAUGUCACCUCUAUUUCUGAUUAUUGGGCUAUGUUUGCUCGCUACAGCCAGAUGCACUCCCUACAUCGACAACCAAACGCGACCACAGGUGUUAAACUAUGAAAUGGAAACCGCCAAUAUGCCAAAUUCCUACAAAUUUCACUAUGACGCCAAUGAUGGAUCUUCACGGACAGAGCACGGCGAAAUCUUAAAUCCUGGUACCAAGGACGCGGCGUUAGAUGUUUUAGGUGCAGUGCGAUGGUAUGAUGACAAAGGGCACCUCUACGAAAUGACAUAUAAAGCAGGAAGAAGAGGCUAUCGAACGAUUAUUAAGAAAUUAUCAUAGGAAAGCCUACGACAUUGUCCAAAAAUUAAAAUGGAAAAGAUUAACAAGACUGGAUGUAAUAUUUCUAUUUAUUUGAACGUCUCACAAGACAUUAUUUAUUUAUUAAAUUAUUGUUGUUCGAUUUGUAUUAAACUUUAGUCAAUUAUGGUA